AUGACACGCGUCAACCAAUGCAAGUAUCUCCUUGCGUGCAUAGAAGAAACCCUAUGGAUCUACCCUCCGUCCCCCCAACCCCAUCAGCGGAUUGUGCCACCUGGAGGCGCUAUCACCAACGGCGAGCACCUCCCCGAGUGUGUGGCAGUUGGUAUCUCCAUAUACGCCGCUUCUAAAAGUCCUCGGAAUUCGCUACAGACGGACUCAUUCAUCCCCGAGCGUUGGACAAGAGAGGAUCCUCGGCUCGACGACAAUAAGAGACAGGUCUCUCAACCGUUUUCGUUUGGACCUCGUAACUGCAUAGGACGUAACCCUGCAUAUUUCAAGAUAAAGAUCAUUAUCGCGAGAAUCGUCUGGCAUUUUGACAUAGAGAAUGCCACUGAGGGAGAUUGGAUCGACCAGAAGGUUUAUAUGGUUUGA